GGAUUGGACAAUGCCACUCUGUCCUCACCAAGCUGCUCUACUGGAACAACUCCCAGUACGACAAAAACCUCUAACCGAAAUACAGCGCCAUCUGCCGGUGAGAAAGAUGAGGGCAACAAGAAAAAGGUUCGGAGGCAGUGGGAGUCCUGGAGCACAGAGGACAAAAACACCUUCUUUGAGGCCCUUUAUGAACAUGGGAAGGAUUUUGAAGCCAUUCAGAACAACAUCGCCCUCAAGUACAAAAAGAAAGCCAAGCCAGCCAGCAUGGUAAAGAACAAGGAGCAGGUCCGCCACUUCUACUAUAGAACAUGGCACAAAAUCUCCAAGUACAUAGAUUUCAACAAUGUAUUUCCUUGUGGUUUUAAGAAGUCAUCACAGGAGCUCUAUGGCCUCAUCUGCUAUGGGGAGCUCCGGAAAAAAAUUGGCGGAUGCAUGGAUGAUAAGAAUGCGGCCAAGCUGAAUGAGCUGAUACAGUUAGGAGCAACUACUGUGCGGUACAAGGGAAGGAACUUGCGGAUUAAGGCUCCAAUGUGUCGAGCGUUGAAGAAACUUUGUGACCCUGAAGGAAAGACAGGCCUGAGUGAUGAAGAGGAUCAGAAACCAGUGCGAUUGCCUCUGAAGGUACCCAUAGAACUUCAGCCAAGGAGUAACCAGGCCUGGGCACGUGUACAGAGCCUGGCACAGAAUCCACGCCUCAGGAUGAUAGUCGAGCUGCACAGAAAAGUCUCCAGCCUCAUAGAGUUCUUAAAACAGAAGUGGGCACUACAAGAGGUCCGGGUUAGGAAAUUCCUUGAGGAUCCGCAGCUAGCAGAGGUGGAGGACUCCAAAGAGGACUUGUAUCUAUUCCCACCAGAGUCUGCACAGUUGUCAUCUUUACCAGGUGUGGCUAGGGUGGUUCAUUCCAAAGCUUACUGUACCGUCCAUUGGCAAGAGUCUGGCAAGUGCAAACAAAGCUCCAAGGAUGCUCUCUUGCCACCUGCUCAGAUAUUGGGUAUCCAGACUGGACAAGGGACAGCGCGAGUGCAGCUAAAGUGCCCACGUGGCAGCACAGACACUAAACAAACAAACAAAAUGGAAACGGCAAGCAAUGCUUCAGCAGACAGGACCCCAACAAUAGAAAAUGGCCCUGGAGAGAACAUAGCUUCUGAAGGGGUGCAAGAUGGUCCGAAGACCCCUGAUGAAGCCCCUCCUGAAACUAUGGAUAUAUCAACCAAUCCAGACAUACCUGGUGAAGUGUCCAGUAGUGAGCUGCCAAUUGUGGAUGAACUGUCAAUAAAUGACCCUUUUCCUCCUUACCUGAAGUCUUGCCAAGACCUCAUUGUUCCAGAAGGAAGCCCAUCAGCAGCAAAUGUUGUGAUAAGUCCACCCAUAUCUCCCAGUACCAAUCCCAAAGGCUCUGGCCAGGCAGCUUCUCCCAGCCAGGAAAAGGCUGAUGUUCAGUCUACAAACCCCCAGCAGGAGAAUUGCACUACACAACCGUCAGGAACGGACUCUCAGGUGAAGGAGCAGAGUGGUUCGUCCAAAGCUCCCAAAGACAACUCUAACCAGCUCACUGAGCAGCUGCGUCAGGAAGGCUGGAACCAGCGCACUUCAGAAAAUCUGACACUAGCUGAGGUCUACCUCAUGUUGGGAAAGCCAGGCAAGUUACAGCUGGAGUACGAGUGGAUGGAUCCCAGCAAUUCUGAUGAUCCUGAAUGCCCACUACGCCACAAACAGAGACUCCUCAAUUGUCUUUUAAGACUCAUUGCUGCAGAAGUGAACUCUAAAACUUCCUCUCAAACACCAGAAACAACCUCUGCUGCCACCUCCAUUAUGAAGCAACCAGUUCAGGAACAGACCCUCACACCACCUGGUAAGGUCAUCACCUUGCUGUCCCGAAACCCGGACUGUCUGAGGACGCAACCCGCACAGAUCCAUACAACCUUUUCUCCUCCUUCCAAUACCUCAGGUUUCAGGAAUUUAUCUCGUCCUCUUGUCUUUGGUGGUCCCUUGGGGUCAGUGACAACCAGUUGCGAUGGGGCGGUCUUUGCUGUUCCCACCAUGCUGCCUCCUAACAGCCGGCACGCUAAGAUCUCCUCUCCAAGCAAAGAGUCUGAGGUGACAGGCCGCCAGCAAUUGGAUACUAUUAGUCCUGAUUUCUUCUUGCCGAAGGCCAAGAAGCAGAGGAGCAGACACCUUCGGAAACCCUUAGUUGUCCAGAGGACUCUCCUCCCACGGCCGUCUGGUAGCUCCUUGCCGCAUGUCUGCUCCUUUUCAAUUCUCUCAAACUCAACAGUAGCAGGAAGAGGCUCCUUCCGGCCAAUCCAUUCCACCCUUGGUAAAGCCGUCUCCCAGCCAAUUGUGCCCAAAGGGUUGACGGCCUCAACUAGCAAUGCCAAUUCUUUAGCUAGUGCUAUUGACUUGGCUGCUAAAAGUGCUGGUAUUAUCCCAGGCCCUUCAUUACCAGUUCUUGAAACUGAUGGCUUAGUUGGAAUCGGCCCCUUGCCCUCAGAGGGUUUGACUGGCACAGUAGCAGAGCCCAAUGUAGAAGGUACAAGCAGUGACCCUAUAUCAGCAGUGACUGUGUGUCCUGAGGUUCCUUUC